AUGGCGGAGCAAGGUCCGAUGGCUAUAGCGAUGCGACUACGAAAUCAGCUCCAGUCCGUUUACAAGCUGGACCCGCUGAGGAAUGAGGAGGAAGUGAAGCUGAAGAUCAAGGACCUGAACGAACACAUCGUCUGCUACCUCUGCGCAGGCUACUUUAUAGAUGCAACAACUAUUACAGAGUGUUUGCACACGUUCUGUAAAAGCUGCAUCGUGAAAUACCUGCAAACCAGCAAAUACUGUCCCAUGUGCAACAUCAAGAUCCAUGAAACUCAGCCCUUACUCAACCUCAAACUGGAUCGAGUGAUGCAGGACAUCGUGUACAAACUAGUGCCUGGUCUUCAAGAAAGUGAAGAUAAAAGAAUUAAAGAUUUUUAUCAGUCAAGAGGGUUAGAGAGAGUCCUCCAACCAGCUGGAGAUGAUGUGUCUGAUGGUACGGGCUUACCGUUCACAAGUUUCGACCACUCUAAAGCUCACUUCUACAGAUACGAUGAGCAGGUUUCGCUGUGUUUAGAAAGACUCAGUUCGUCGCUUGUAGGGAAAGAUAAAACAAAACUGGCUCUGCAGCAGAAGUUCGUACGUUGUUCUGUGCGGGCGGAGGUGAGACACCUACGGAAAGUGCUUUGUCACAGAUUAAAUGUGGAGAAACACCAGGUGCAGAUGUUGUUUAAUAACGAGUCCCUGCCCGAUCACAUGACGAUGAAGCGGUUAUGGCUCUCACACUGGUUUGGAAAGGCUCAGCCGUUAGUUCUCCACUACACCGUCAAGGACAAACGGAGCAGAUAGGACUCGGCUUCGCUUCACAGAAAGCUGUACAUUUCUUUUGUACAAUACAUAUUCUAUUUUAAUAAUGUUUGUGUACAUAAACCUAUUUUCCUUGUUUUUGUAUUUUUGAAAAUAAAUC